AUGGCACAGCGGACAGGGAGAUCCGUUCUCCUUGCUGGGACGCCUCUGCGCUCCGUCAAGAGGUCAGCUGCAUCACAGGAUGCGCGGCCACGAUGUCGGGCCUGCAAAGCAAGCUCCCGGGAAGCUGCAGUCAGUGCUGCUGCCAUAAAAGCUGCUGGCCAAAGGGGCCGAUGGAGCUCAGCUUUGGCACAGCUGGCAGAAAUGGAGCUCCAGCAACUCCCAGCAUCUCCGGCUCACUUCGGGGCCGCGAUGUCCGCGUGCGCUUUCGGGCGACAGUGGCAGCGAGUGCUCGGACUCCUCUGGCGCAUGCCCGAACGACAACUGAGCCCGGAUGCGGCCUGCUUUGGGGUGGCGGCCGGUGCCUGUGAAAGAGCUGGACACCACGUACUCUCUAGCGGCCUCCUGGCUGAAAUGUGCCAAGCUCCUGGUCAGAAUCGCAAGACUCUUACCAUCGGGUUCACGAAUGCAAUGACCGAAGCCUUUCGCGGAUCAGAUUGGGGCAGAGCUCUCCAGCACUUCAGCGACUCAGUGGAGAUGAGGUUGGCGCUGGACAUUACUGCAUACAGUGCUGCCUUGGCCGCAUGUCAGAAAGGCGCCGCAUGGCUGGAAAGCUUGGAGAUCCUCAGAAAGCUAAAGAAGGACGAGGUGUCACCGGCCAAUGCGUCUAGCGUGCUGGUUGCGUGUUCUGCUGCGCUGGGUGCAUGCGCACAUGGUGCUCAUUGGGAGCAUGCUUUGGAGCACCUCGCCUUCGCCCAGCACCUCGCGAGCAUGAGUCAAGAGGUCAGCCAACCAUUUCUGGUUGCCCUGCAUGGAGCAGUGGGUGUCUUUGCGGAAGCCCGUCGCUGGGAGCAGGCACUUGAACUGCUGCCACAGAUGCAGAAGGAAUUCGCUGGUCACUCGGGUAUCCCACUGACCACCUUCCGUGCUGCCAAUGCCACGGCAGCUGCUUGUGGGCGGAGCCUGGCGUGGCGAAAGGCAUGCCUGUUGCUUUCCCUCGACACUGACGGCCUGGACAGCCUGGAGCCCUCGGACUUGGCCUCCUUCAAUGCCUCCAGGAGCAUCGGCCUGUUCCUAGCGUCAACGGCCUGCGAAAGAAGCCAAGUCGCGCACAGGUCGCUGAGCUGGAUGGACAGAUCGGCCAAGUCUUGGCAUGCCGCAAAGGCGGCAGCCGGCUCCGGGAUCCCUUCCCUGGCAGCAGAUUUGGCUCCAGUGGCGACUGCAUUGCUGAAUUCAGCGUCCUUGUGCAAAGACAGCAUUACAAGGUUCUUCGGUCGAAGCACCUUUCAGCCGCUGCUACGAUGCCUCGUUGACAUGACUCGACACACUACGGGUUGGAACUCGCAAUCGCGAGUGGGCGAAUUGGGAUUGGACGGGCUAACAGACGUCGGACUGCUGUAUGGGCGCCUGGCCAUUGCGUCACUGGGUGCAGCUCUCCAUCGUCGCCAUCCGCAGCAGGGAUGUGGGCUACUGCGGGGAAAAGGCGACUCACGUGGCACGCGAUGUGGAAGCGGACAGGUCGAUGCGGCAGAAUGCGUGUAG